AUGCAGCUCGUCCUCGCUGCUCUUACCGCUCUGCUGGCCCCAGUUGCCGUUCUCGCCAAGAAAGGCAAUGACAUACCUUGUGCGGCAGACCCCUUCGCGAACCCAGAGUUGGACCCAUGCAACCCUCUGGCGUACAUCGCUUCUAAUAGCCUCACUUCCGUCGCCUUCGCUCUCAUCGUCGCUAGCGCCGUUGUGCAAACCUUCAUGAUGUGGAGAUGGGGCGCCAGGUGGAUGGCUUGCAUGGUCAUCGGCGAAUACACGUUUGCCAUAGGAAUUGGUAGCAGAUGGGGCUUACACAGCAUGCCCGAUAGCAAGUCGAUCUACAUUGUGGAGUACCUUUUUGUCGUCCUUUCGCCUUGCGCGUUUAUCGCGGCGGACUACAUUCUUCUUGGGCGCCUCGCUCGGCACCUUCGUGUGGGACAGCAUCUACUCAUCCCGCCUGCGAAGAUCAUGAUUGUCUUUCUCAUGUCCGACAUCACGACAUUUCUCAUCCAGGCGGCCGGCGGGGGCGUUUCUAUCGCGGCAGACACUGCCAAGGUUAACAAGAUCGGUUCCAAUAUCUUUUUGGCCGGUCUUGCCAUUCAACUUGCUUCCUUCGUCACAUUUACUGCCGUAUAUAUACGAUUCCUCUGGCUGGUGUGGAAGCGUGAAGCCGCCGUGUGGUCAAAGGAUUCCGCCCUCGUCUGGUGGCGCGACUGGCGGGCCUUGGCUGGUGCACUCGGCGUUAGCUGUGUUGGAAUCAUUAUUCGUUCAUUCUACCGUGUCGUCGAGCUCUCGCAAGGCUUCAAGGGUCCGAUAGCCCGCAACGAGGGCCUGUUCUACGGCCUCGACACACUCCCGCUUUUCAUUGCUGUGGUCAUUUACAUCGGCUUUUGGCCGGGCCGCUUCAUACCCCGGUCCGCAUUCGCGGAAACUUUCGAGGCUGAAGGGAAAGAUAGCGAACACACUCCGCGCAACACUACGCCUACUGCUGAAGAGAAGCGUCCGAGUGAAGAGGUCGCUAGUUGA